AGUGGAAGACUGUAGGGCAGGAAUUGUCAUUUUGCAGAUGGGUUUGGGAGGCCAGGAGGUUGGAGCAGGACGAUGACUGUGGUCUGUAAUUGAAUGCUGGCAGUCUGUAAUUGGUAAAGGCUGAAGGGGUGGAAUUUUCCCUGAUUCAAUUAAGGAUUGUAGUAAUGGAGAUGAACGGAGGAAGUGAUGAAGAAGAGUUCGGGUUUUCCAGAAACUACUUUCUGGCAAAGGAGUUGGGCGGCUCUGGAAAGAAAUCCACUCAUAAGCUCUCAGAUAUCAACAUCGUCGAUGAACAGGAACUGAGAGCAGCGGCAGAUAACAUUGAGCCGAAGCAUGAGAAAGAGAUCGAGGACUUAAUGAAGAGUUAUAAGAGUUUGUACCCCAGAUGGGUUUUCGAGCUCAGGUGUGGAUUUGGCCUUCUAAUGUAUGGAUUUGGAUCUAAAAAGGCAUUGUUGGAGGAUUUUGCUUCAUCAGCACUUACAGAGUAUUCUGUACUUGUAAUCAAUGGCUAUCUCCAGUCAAUUAAUAUAAAACAGGUGCUGAUAGCCUUAGCUGAAAUUCUAUGUGAUCAAUUGAAGACCAAACGAAAGACUUCUUCAGAAAACUUAUCGAAAGUUCGACAGUCUUUUAAUUCAAAAUCCAUGGAUGAUCUUCUUGCAUUCUUGAAUGGUCCACAUGUGGACGAAAAUGAUUGUUUCAUAUGCAUUUUGGUUCACAACAUUGAUGGGCCUGGUUUAAGAGACACUGAAACUCAACAAUAUCUUGCACGCUUAGCCUCGUGUUCCCAUAUCCGGGUGAUUGCAUCUAUAGACCAUGUCAAUGCCCCACUUUUGUGGGACAAGAAGAUGGUGCACACCCAGUUCAAUUGGUCUUGGUAUCAUGUUCCAACUUUUGCAGCGUACAAGGUUGAAGGAAUGUUCUUCCCUCUGAUCCUUGCUCAUGGCAAUACCACCCAAACUGCCAAAACCGCUGCGAUAGUUUUACAGAGUUUGACACCAAAUGCUCAGAGUGUUUUCAAAGUUCUUGCAGAAUAUCAGCUGUCUCAUCCUGAUGAAGAAGGGAUGCAGCUUAAUGAUUUGUACACCGUCUGUCGAGAACGCUUCCUAGUGAGUAGCCAGGUUACACUUAACGCUCAUCUGACAGAAUUCAAAGAUCAUGAGCUGGUUAAGACCAAAAGGCAUUCUGAUGGACAGGAUUGCUUCUACAUCCCUCUCACAUCUGAGGCGCUUCAGAAACUAUUACUGGAGAUAAGUCAGUAGUCUUUCUUUGAGAGGUUGGGUUGCCUCUUACAUUGCUUUGUAUCAGAAAGUGUGGAUUUUAACCAAAAAAAGAAAAAAGAAAAUUGGGAUUUAGUUAAAAUGAAAGCAAAAGAUAAAGAGGCCUUUGAAGGAUAUUUGAUAAGUGCAAUUUGACCAGGUGGGCUGUCUAUUUAUCCAAA